CGGAACCACCGCAAGCAGCUUCCACAUCAACUUCUUCAUGAAACCUCAAACCUCAAACCAUACCGACAACCUCACUUCCCAGAAUCUCCUCCCUGUUGAUAUUUAUGUUAUUCUUUCUAGCACCUUCUACCUUAACUUGUUGUUACUUGUGUGAACAAAUAUCCCGACUCAACCUCACGCUCAGUUCGCCUUCUUCCGUCAUCAUCCCCGCAACCUCCCUGUCUAUUCUUCGAGCUAUCAACUUACACACGUAUCGCCAUAGCUUCUGUCGACCUGCUGCGCAACGAAAGACCUUGAAACCUCGAUUCACAGAUUAUCGGUUAUUAUGGCGGGCUGGUUUUCCUCUACUUCUUCGUUUGAUGAGCAGGUGGAGAAGGCGACCUCGUCGUCCUUAGAGGAUAUUGCGGCGAACCUGGAGAUUUCAGAUGUGAUCCGAUCAAAGAGUGUACAGCCUAGGGAUGCUAUGCGAUCGCUCAAAAGGAGGUUAGAGAGCAGGAAUCCGAAUAUCCAGCUAGCGACUUUAAAGUUGACGGAUACAUGUGUCAAAAAUGGCGGUAACCACUUCCUCGCGGAGAUCGCUUCGCGGGAGUUCAUGGAUAACCUAGUCUCGCUGCUCAGAGCUUCCGGGCCCGCAACUCUUAACGAAGAAGUAAGGACUAAGGUACUAGAACUGAUUCAAACGUGGGCAGUGGCUACGCAAGCCCGUGGCGAUUUUCCGUACAUUGGUGAAACCUACCGGGGUUUGCAAAAAGAAGGUUAUCAGUUUCCGCCUAAGACGGAGAUGGCAAGUAGCAUGCUUGAUAGUAGCGCUCCUCCCGAAUGGAUAGAUUCGGACGUUUGUAUGCGCUGCCGAACUGCUUUUACAUUCACUAACCGGAAACAUCACUGCCGGAACUGCGGGAGCGUUUUUGAUGCACAAUGCUCUAGCAAAACCCUUCCACUUCCUCACCUGGGAAUUAUGCAAGCUGUAAGAGUCGAUGACGGUUGCUACGCUAAGCUAACAUCGAAAUCUUUCAAUCCUGUGAGUUCAUCAAAUCGAUCAGGACUCAAACCUACGUCUACUUCCAAACCUACCAUAGCGCCGAUGGAACCGCGUGGUGGAAGAGCCGAGUCGGACUUCGAUGAGGAUCUCAAGCGUGCACUCCAAAUGAGUCUUGAAGAGGUAAAAGCGCAUAGUGGCGCUGGCUAUGUCCCACAGGCCAAAUCGGCUGCACCUGAAUUAAAGAACCCUGAACCAAAGCAGCCUGAAGCAAACGGGUUGGCUAAGGAUUCCAUGGAAGAUGACGAUCCCGAUUUGCGAGCUGCCAUCCAGGCUUCGUUGAAAGAUAUGGAAGAGCAGAAACAGAAGCACUCGGCGGCUUUGAAAAGUACGACUGCCGAAAAUUCUUCUGCAGCCCCUGCGGUGUCUGCGGCCGUCUUGCCGAAGAAAGACUACGAGCUUAGCGCGGUCGAAGCGGAAAAUAUUAAUUUGUUUGCAACACUUGUAGACAGGUUACAACAUCAGCCUCCAGGCACGAUCCUUCGGGAACCACAAAUCCAAGAACUAUACGAGAGUAUAGGGGCUCUAAGGCCUAAACUAGCUCGUACCUAUGGCGAAACAAUGAGUAAACAUGACACCCUUCUCGACCUUCAUGCCAAGUUAUCGACAGUCGUCCGCUACUACGAUCGUAUGCUUGAAGAACGCCUCUCCAACACAUACGCGCAGCACACUCUUGGUACCUACAACUAUCUACCACCCAGCCAGCUUGCUUCGAAUGUUUAUCCAUCCGUCCCGAUAAACCUACCUAGGGGGGGUGUAGAGAACUUCUAUUUUGGCUCAGAGCCCGUGGAGAAUGCCAUGCCUCCUAGCCAAUAUCUCCAAGCGGAGCGCCACGCGUCUGUCGGACGCAGCAACGAGCAGCGCCCGGGUGUGGUUCACUCGCAACAUCCUCAAUUUAACAACGGGCAAAGUCAUUACCAACCACGCACACCACCGCAAGCUGCCCAUACUUCUGUUCAGUACCAUCCACAUUCAGUGCCUCAAGGACAACCUGCACAACCCGGACAAGCUGAGCAGACUGGUCAAAGUGGGCCAGCUGGUUACUACCUCCCUCAGGGAGUGACCAGCCCAGUGGGUCAUGACCCUCACGUCGGUACAGGACAGUAUGCUCCUGCACCUGAACCAUCAUAUCCUCCGUCGCCGACGAUGCGAAGAGACUCUCAGUUCCAAACUGCCCAACCAACUCCACAGUCGAAUCACUCCCAACCUGUCCACUUUUCCUCCCCGGAUGCGGCUCAGCCUUCUCAGUCGCAACAUUCAACCUAUAACACCCAAGAAGGCCCCCCGUUGGGCCAUUUCCAGGCCCAGACACAAGCCCAAGAAACCCCCAGCCCUCUACCACCAGACCCAGCGCAGCCUUCCAACCAUUACAAUUCUUGGCAGCAACCAGAGUCAGGAACGAAUCCCCAAUACAUGCCACCGGCUGGAAACCCCAUGUAUCCAAAUUUUGUGCCCAUGGCGCCGACCUUGGAGCAAUCGUAUCUACCCGACCAACAGCAACAAGCAACUUCGCAGCCGGUUAAAGAAACCCCUUUAAUCGACAUAUGAAACUAUUUCCUCCUUGUCUGGCUCCUGGUGCGCUCCUGGCGACGGUUGUAUUUUUUUACUCACACACGCAUGCAUGUUGGCCCCCAUUUUUGAUACCCGAUGUGGUUUUUCCGCCCCUCCUCUAACUGCCCACUACGCUUGGUUAACUGAAUGUGACGUGAUGAGUCCUCUUAACGAACGAUAAUUAAUGUGUUUUUUCAAAACUGUGUCUCUAUCCCUGUUGUUAUCUUCUUUUUAUGUCCAUGACUUCUCUUCCAAGAUUUCUUUUUGUUACGGUCUGUCUGUGUGGGAAAUUAUCUACAGUGUGUUGAUGGACAUAGAAGAACCUUAGUAGCCCUAUUACCUAGUCCGACCCAUCGGUUUAAAAGGGUAAAACAACGCUCA